AUGAUGGAACAACUUCUAGAAUUCUCAAGGAGAAAGCUUUAUAAUAACCAAAAAUAUGAUACAUCGGAUGUGUUGUUGCUAACAAUCGCAUCCUCACUAAUCUGGUUGAUGAUACCUGGACUUGCGUUUUUGUACUCCGGCUUGUCACGAAGAAAGAAUGCCUUAUCGAUGAUUUGGAUUGUCGCUAUGUCUAGUUUCGUUGGUAUUUUCCAGUGGUAUUUUUGGGGUUACUCCCUAGCCUUCAGUGAAUCAGGUAAUUCAUUCAUUGGAAACCUCAAAAAUUUCGGUUUCAAGGACAUAAUCAGCAACUCCAGUGAUGACGCUUAUCCAGAAAUUGCUUAUGCUAUUUUCCAGAUGCAGUUUUUAUUGGUGACAUUGGCGAUAUUAGCUGGAGGUUGCAUUGGAGAACGAGGACGCUUUUUACCAGCCAUGGUCUUUUUGUUUUGUUGGGCAACAAUUGUUUAUUGUCCAGUAGUUUAUUGGGUUUGGGGAGGUGGCUGGGCCACAACUUUCAGAUCAGGAGUGUUGGAUUAUGCCGGUGGAGGUCCUGUCGAAAUCCUUUCUGGUGCUUCAGCUUUUGUUUAUUCGGCAUUCUUGGGCAGACGCAGUGAGACCCUAAUGAUCAACUACCGCCCACAUAACAUCAGCACAGUGUUUUUAGGCACAAUACUACUUUACGUUGGUUGGUUAUUCUUCAAUGGUUUCUCCUGUGCCAAUGCCAGCAUUAAGGUCCCUUACUCCAUGAUGAACACCCAUCUAGCUGCCGGUUUUGGAGCAAUCAGCUGGUGCCUACUCGAUUUCAGAUUGGAAAAGAAGUGGAGUAUGGUCGCAGUUUGUUCCGGCUGCAUAUCGGGAUUAGUGGCCGCCACACCGAGCUCUGGUGUGAUUCCACUUUGGGCGAGUGUUAUCGUUGGCAUUGUUGCUGGCAUUGUUUGUAAUUUAGCAACUCAAAUCAAAUACCUUUGUCAUGUUGACGACUCGCUUGAUGUGUGGGCUGAGCACGGAGUGGCUGGAGUAAUUGGCCUUCUCUUUAAUGCCCUAUUCGGCUCUAAAACAGUGAUAGGGUAUGACGGGGUCAGUGACCAUGACGGUGGGUGGCUUGACCACAAUUGGAAGCAGUUGUAUAUACAAUUUGCUUACAUUGUGGCAUGCACCGCUUAUUCUGCUGCUGUUACUGCUUUUCUUUGUUUCGUAAUUGAUCACAUUCCAGGAUUACACCUAAGAAUCGAUUAUGAAAGUGAAGAGGCAGGUGUUGAUGAAAGUCAAAUUGGUGAAUUUGCUUAUGAUUUUGUGGAAGUUAGAAGAGAGUUUAAUUCUCUUUUUACUGAUUCACACCAAAAUGCAAUUGACGAGACAAAUGAAACUAAUUCAGAUAAUCCUCAAACACAGAUUAUAAAUGGAAUAACCAAUUCAUCGUCAACAAGUGUAUCAAACGAAGAGAAAACAAAUAAGAACCAAAGCUGUGAACUAGAAUCUGAACACGAGGUGAAAUCAUUCCAUCCUCAAAAAGAAGAAGAAGAAGAAGAAGAAGGAGAAAAAGUAAGUAGAAAUUUAUAG